AUGUCAGAUACGUAUUGCACAUUUAUUACAAACGAGGACAUAGACGAUGAAACAGAGCUCAAAAGCUGCGAGGAAUUAGAAUCAUAUUACACGAAACUAAACAUGUCGACGGAGAACACGACAUUGGAGAUGAGUGGGAUGGAUAGACCGGGUUUGUUAUCAGAAAUAUCAGCAGUGUUGGUGGAAAUGGGCUGUAAUGUUACCUCAACAACGGCAUGGACUCACAAUCGAAGGGCAGCCUGCAUAAUUUACGUAGAAGAAAAAUCCAAACCUGGGCCGAUCAAGGACCCUAAGAGGUUAGCUCAUGUAAAGGAAGAGCUGGAGACUGUUGUGCAGGCCCGUGGUGUCAAUGGAGACAGAAACAAUGUGAGGUUAAGAAACUUUGCCACCGGGCACACGCACACUGAAAGGCGGCUUCACCAGUUAAUGUACGCUGACAAGGAUUACGAGGGCUGUCGCCCUUGCCAUGGAUAUAGUAGCGGAGAUCACAAAAGGGGAUGUGAUGGGACUCAUGUGUCUAUUAGUAGAUGCAAGGACAGAGGUUAUUGGGUGGUGAACGUGAUCUGUAAGGAUCGUCCUAAAUUGUUGUUCGAUACAGUAUGUGUUCUAAGGGACAUGCAUUAUGUAGUGUUUCACGCCGCCAUUAGUUCCAAGAAAUCUAUAGCCAAUCAGGAGUACUUUAUAAGGCACAAGAUGAAUAAUUUAGCUCUUCAAACCGAAAUCGAGAGGGAAAAGCUCGUCUUAUGCAUAAUAGCAGCAAUAGAGCGUAGAGUAUGUCAUGGCAAUAGUGAUAGAGUAAAACUGUAG